UAUGCGUCGCUGGAAAAAAGGCGCGUUGUUCGCCUGGAAGUUGCUGUAGCGUUAGAAGCGCAAAUUGAGAAAUUGAAAUUAGGAUUAAAAAAUGACGGGCAGAAGAGGAGCUCUGAUCAUAUUAGAAGGGGUGGACCGGGCCGGAAAAACAACGCAGUGCACGAAGCUGGUGCAGGCGCUGCGGGCGAGGGGACGAGCGGCAGAAAUGAUGAGAUUCCCCGACCGGACCACAAAGAUUGGCCAGAUGAUCAGUUUGUAUCUGGAGAAGAAGAUCAACCUGGAGGACCACACCGUGCAUCUGCUUUUCUCAGCCAACCGCUGGGAACUUGCGCCUCUGAUCAAAAAGAAGCUGGAGCAGGGUGUGAGCCUUGUAGUGGACCGAUACGCCUUCUCGGGAGUGGCUUUUACCAGCGCCAAGCCGGGCUUUGGCCUGGAGUGGUGCAAGAACCCAGACGUGGGGCUACCCAAGCCGGACCUGGUCCUGUUUCUGCAGCUGAGCCCAGCGGAAGCGGCGCGACGGGGCAAGUUUGGAGACGAGCGCUACGAGAGGACCGACUUCCAGAAAACGGUGCUGCAGAGGUUCGAGCAGCUAAUGAAGGACCCAUCGGUCAACUGGCAGGUGAUAGAUGCUGCCAGAAGCAUAGAUGAGUUGCAUCAAGAAAUCCUGAGACACAGCGAAGCUGCUAUCGAGCAAGCAGCAAACCAGCCUGUAGCAGAGCUAUGGAACUGAGACGCCUCCAAUUAGAAAGGUGCGAGUCGGGCUGUACCCAAUCACAGAGCAGUGGAAAUAAGGCACGUCCAAUCAGAUGGCAGUACGUUGGAUGUCACAACACCAAGUCUGUUGUGUCUUUCUUGUGGAAGGAUGAUAAUUGCAGAAUUUAAAUUUGGGUCCCCUUAGUGAAAACUGGUUGGUGGGGUUAUUACGAUUUAGGUGGUGAGGAAGAACACACAUUCUCGUAAUGAUUUUAGCAGCUUUUUAUUUUAUUAAGAACACAGUGAAUUACAGAUCAGCUUCACAAUACUGUAUUUCAGACAGAUUUUUACAGUUGUCUUAUGUUUUCAUUUUUCUCCACUACAUUUUUUAAAUCUGCUAAAUUUGUCUUUAACAACAGCUUGUGAAUCAUUUUGAACCUCUUUCAGAUCUGGUUUUUAUAUAUAGAAUUCUGUAUAGAUAUAUUUGACCUUGAAUAUCUCCAAGCUGUAAGGUAACAACUUAAA